GGAAGAAAGAAGACAGGAAGAAAGAAGACAGGAGAACUUUUUUUCUUUCUUUUUACCCCACCUGCACACUUUCUAGUGCCGGAGCUGCAUACGGUUCUCCUGAGAGGGAUGCUGGACGGAAAUCUCACCGAGGUGACAGAGUUUGUCCUCCGAGGCUUCACUGACAGCCCUCAGCUACGAGCCUUCCUCUUCACCCUGCUGCUCCUCAUUUACACCGCUGGCCUGGUGGGGAAUCUCACCAUCAUCACAUUAACCCGAGUCGACUCUCGCCUGCAGACCCCCAUGUACUUUUUCCUCUGCAACCUGGCCCUCAUUGACAUCACCUACUCCUCUGCAAUCGCUCCCAAGACGCUGACGAAUCUGUUAGCAAAGAAGAAGGUAAUUUCACGUCCGGGCUGCGCUGCACAGUUUUUUCUUCACUCUUUUUCCAUCAAUGCUGAAGUCGUGCUCCUAGCCGUGAUGGCGUACGACCGGUUCGUGUCUGUCUGCAACCCACUGCGCUACGCGCUGCUCGUGUCCAGACAGCAGUGCUGCCGGCUGGUCUGCGUCUCGUACCUGUGUGGAUGCAUCAAUUCAGUCGCCCACACGGCUUCCCUGUUCAGCCUGUCGUUCUGCAGGUCCCGUGUCAUCGAUCACUUCUUCUGCGACAUCCCGGCGCUGCAGCAGCUCUCCUGCUCCGACACGCGCUUUGCUCACGGGCUGCACGUGGCCUUGGCUGCAGCUGCAGGCUCAGGCACCGUCGGCGCCGUCCUCAUCUCUUACCUGUGCAUCAUCUUUGCUGUCCUGCAGAUUCGCGCUGCCCAAGACAGGUGGAAAGCUUUUUCCACCUGUGCCUCCCACCUGUCUGCUGUCACCCUGUUUUAUGGCACCCUCUUCUUCAUCUACUUGAGACCCAGCAGCUCUGCUGAUCAGUGCAAAGCGGCGGCUGUGUUUUACACGCUGGUGAUCCCUGCGGUGAACCCCCUGAUUUACAGCCUGAGGAACAGGGAGGUGAAGGAUGCCCUGAUGAGGGUGAUACUGAAAGCAUUUGUUGAUAGGUAAAAUCCUCUCACGGAGCAGCUCUGAAGGUGCGUAAGAUCAGGAGGUGACUACACAGAGCACAGCUCGCGGCUUGUCAAAAACAGCAGGGAUCCUCAACGAGAUGGCACGCUGCUCUUUCCUUUUCCCUGGCUUAGAGCUUAGGAAGUAAGUCAGCAGAGGGAAAAUCCAACCACAGUAUUUUCAGCCACCAAGAAAAUGUGAGUCGGGGUCCUGAGAGACAGAUCCCGGCCUCCCCCUGCAGACUCACUGCGGUCUCCACGACUCCUGCAGGCUGCAGACCAUCCAGCUGUGCUCCUGAGAAGUGCAGGAGAAAUAAGACUUGAGGUGAAAAACCUUCCUGAUGUCUUACUGCGGACCAGAUGAUGUGAUAUCCGGUGUCACCAAGCAUCUUUGAGGUGAAGGGCUGGGAAGGAGCGCAUUUCUGAAGUCAUCCAAAGCACAGAAAGAUAUGUUGGGAAAACAGAGAUGAUUUUCUUGUACUUAGAAGAAAUCGUGUAUAGCAUAUGGCAGAAUUUCACAGAAAAUCAUCAGGCAACUGUAGCAAUAAGGCAAAAGUCCACUCUUAACAUGAGACUGUGACCCCCAUCGCUGUGAUCUGCUUUGUGAGGAACGUUCCAAAAACUAAUAAUGUAAGAAUGGUGAAUUGCACCAAGAAGUCGCAUCACCAGAUCAAACGAAACAGCACCCAACCUUUGUAGGAGCAGUUCCUUCUGGAUUUGUGUGGCCUCAUCCACCAAGUGCCCAGGUCCAGCCAGCCGUCUGGGCUUUCUCACGGGUUGUGUAGGAAGAAAUGUGUCUCUUGAGAAUUCCUCUCUGUCCUUAGGCAUCUAUCUUAGCAAAGGAGCUUUCUUUUUGAAGGUUUCUGCUUGCCACAGAAUGUGAGCAAUGACAAGUGCAGGGCAGAACACGUGUCGCUCAGCUUUGUUUUUCCUGAGAGAAAGAACGCAAUGCUCACAUUCCUCACUUCCAAGCUCUGCUUAAUGGGUUCCAUUUGUCCCUGUGCAAUCCUUUCACCUUUGCACAUCAGUUAUGCCUCUCCCAGCCAGUAGAAAUAACAGUAAUAUUCUGCUAAAAGAUAAACUUGUGUGGAAUUUAUGUUCAGAGCUCACUGUGUCAGCUGUGAUUUCAGAGGUGUUUCAGGUAGCCUGCUCUGCAGGCAGUACAAGUGUUUUA